UUAUAUGGCAGGUCCAUUAACCUGGCUGGAAUUUGCCAGGUGGCUACGAACUGCGCACCCUUCUCGACAAAGCCGCUCUUCGGCCCCCCACUUUCCAGCGACAAUCCGAAGGAGUCAUGUCGGCGACUGCUGUGCUGCUGCUGCUCAUCGUGUUGCUGCUGGCGGUGCUAUUCAUAUGGCGGUGGCGGCACUUCUCAUACUUCAAGCGUCUCGGAAUUCCUGGCCCCAAGCCCAACCUGAUAUGGGGCAACCUUAUGGAAUAUCACUCUACGGAUCUCUACAAAGCUGUCGGAGGGUGGAUUGAAAAAUAUGGCGACAUGUUUGGAUUCUACAAUGGGGAUGUGCCGUUCGUCGUAACACAGGACUUGGAAUUGAUUGAGCAGGUGUAUGUGCGAAAAUUUCCGAACUUCAUGAAUCGAGGUCUAACCAUGAUGACGGACCAGAUGCACCCGUACCUCGGCAAGUCAAUCAUUCACGUGAACGCUCCCAUGUGGAAGAGCAUUCGAAACUCUGUCUCCUAUGGUUUCAGCGCCGCGAAACUGAAACAGAUGAUGCCAUUUUUCGAAGAAGAAGUCAACUUCCUAUUGAAAUCUCUGGAAACGAAGGCCGACACGGGGGAAGAGGUACUAAUGUAUCGCAAGUACGAGCAGCUGUCCAUGGACUUCGUGGCCCGAGGUGCCUUCGGCAUUGACGAGCGUUUCCAGGAAAAUCCCGACCACCCACUCUUCGACAUGGCGAGGACGGCUUGCUGCAAGCUCAUGACCGGUCCUUUCCACAUGAUCGCACAAAGCACCACAAGCCUGGGACCAGUCAUCAAACUAGUUUGCUGGCUUUCCCUCGCAAUCGGAGACUUCGUGUUCGACAUGGUGACAGCACACACUGCAAAAGUAAUCGAGAUGAGAAAGAAGGAUCCAUCGCUUCGAAAGCCAGAUAUGCUGCAAAACUUACUCGAUGCUGAGUACGUCGAGAGUCAAACCAGCGCAGGGUCAGGUAAAGGAGAAAACGGAGUCCCCAAAACAAGAGCUUUGACAACUGAAGAAGUAAUAACCAGCGCUGCCACUUUAUUCAUUGCUGGGUACGAAACUGUACUCACCACUCUGAGUUACCUAACGUUCACGCUCGCAAAAUACCCGGACAUCCAAGAGAAGGCACGCCAGGAAAUUGAAGAUGUCAUCUCACAGGGGGGUAAAUUGGAUUACGAUACAGUAAUGAAGAAACUGAAUUACCUGGAACAGGUAAUGAACGAAACGCUGCGGCUUUACCCUCCGGGUCUCACGUUUGUGACGAGGCAGGCCAAAGAUGACUUCGAAUACAAGGGGCUAAAGUUCAAGGCUGGAACUUGCUUCAUGGUUCCUCAGUUCCAGAUCCUCAGAGAUCCGCGAUUUUGGUCUGACCCCUUGAAGUUUGACCCGGACAGAUUCGCCCCGGAAAAUGAAGCGGAACUGAAGAAGAUGGCGUUUUGCCCAUUCGGCAUAGGACCCCGUAACUGCGUCGGCGUGAGGAUCGCCACGUUGCAGACUAAAUUCACGAUCGCCAAACUGUUGCAUAAGUUCCGCCUGGAGCUCGGCCCAUCCCAGAUGGGGAAAAUGGACAUGGGCUCACGAGCCAUGGUGUCAACACCAGCCUGUGGACCAUGGAUAACAUUUCACCACCUCAACAAAAGUGCCUAAUGUAAACAGUGCGAGUGGUAACGUGCCAGUCGUGUUACUGGGACUGCGUGACGAGCCCCGGAUGUAGUGUGUUACAUUCAAACCAAGUACGAGGAGGGACAAAAUCUAAAGCGGCGCUAGAUAGAUAUCUAGCGGCGGACAUGUCAAUUUCUGGUACAUGCACUCUACGUACAAAUGAUAGCAGAUGAUUACUUCGUAUAUUUCCAUAUUUGCUUUUAUCAGUGAUGGGGAGCGUUCCGUAGGAAGCGUACUUACGCAUUACUUGUGUUUUGUGGAUGAAUUAACAUCUGAAUCGCGCGUUCUUGAAAACGUAAUAAAUAUCGUAUCACUCAGGCAGUUGGUACUGUUGACUGGAAGCCUAUUUGAAUAAUUUCCGAAUAUAUAUAAAAUAUGGCGCUUAAGACCAGCCAAUAAUCAGGGCUAUAUCCUGGCCGCGUGGUCUAGUGUCUUGUGAAUAUUUCGCUCAGAAAUACUACUGUCCCCAAAUUCAACCUAUCUCUCAAAAAAAACAAUAUUGUUAUUUUGCAUAUGUCUUUAGACUUCUCACCUAUUGCUUUUUUGGAUUCAUAAUUUUUAUUGCCCCCAUACUUCAAUAUUUUCACGAUGGUUCUAGCUCUGUUUGUUUGUGUUUUCUAUGUAUGGUAUUUUCUAUUAUUCUCGGCGUUGGGAUCAUCAUAUCCAAAAGUAGCGUCAUAAAAUGACUGCUUAUCUUCAUAAAAAGCAUUUAACGGGUCGAUCGAAGUAAAAGUAAGGGUGAACUCUUAUAGAAUAAUAUGGGGCUAGGAUGACAAAAAUAAACAUGAAGAAAAUUCUUAUAAAAAAAACAAAAAAAGAAGAAAAAAUAAGAAAAAAAGGAAGGAAACAACGGCAGUGUGCUACAUAAGAAACAUUGAACGUUUAGGCACGUGUAAAGCGUUUGAAGAGUUCAAUAUGAUACGCUUUGACAACAGUUACACAUUUCAUUUGUUGUAUUGCUCGACUUUUCAAACGAUGAAGCCUCGGACCUUAUUAUAGCCUUAUGACGUUUCGAACGUCGUAUCAUUACAGCGCCAACAAGGAACACCAAUAUGUGGUUUGUACCCCCGUUUCGUGAAACUUAUACGCUCCAUACUUUAACAUAAAAUGUACCGGUAACACUCGUGAGAAUACAGCCGGUUGGAGUAAAAAAAAAAUAGUUGCGUUCAUAUACUUUUGUUCUAUUGUGUUUUAGAAAAUGACUGAGUAUCAUAAAUGAUAUCGCCGAUGCAACUUGCAAUUUAUAUUUCUUCUUGUUUUUUACUGCUACAUUUUGAGCGGAAUUAUGUGAAUUACAAUUAUGUUAAAUUACGUAUUGUUUUUUUGCUUGUUUUUUGUUUUGCCUCUAUCACGGCGUACCUGUAACUAAACAUAUACACUUUGUACAGUUGCUGCCAUGCAACGGUCACCUGGGCACUGUCUAGCCGCUUUCAUGCUUUAGCGCAGCAAAACUUUCAGCGUAUUGCCUGGUAAAAAAAAGAAAAAAAAAGAAAAAAAGGAAAUAAACGUGAUUCUGAUUCUUAAGUAAACCUAAAUAAUUCGCAGCUAAUGGAACAUUUGGCAUGCUUUAGGGUGACGAAACAUAAAAGUCACCAGUCAUUGCUGUCUAUGCCUUACAAGCAAUAAAAAGUGGGCUUCAGUGUGUGUUAAAGACGGAUUGCGCUGCCAUCCUUGCAACGUUUAGUUGCUAAACCAAAUGAAAAAAUACGUAUUUUUCUUACAGUUUUUGCUUGGAACAGUGGUUAUGUCAAUUUCUUGGUAUGUGUGCAAUAAACAGUUGUGGUUAACUUCUACGUA